GUACGUAUGAUAUUGACCUGUAAAGCAACUUUCAAACAUCGCAGGGGACGAGGAAACACCGAUUUAAAUCGCGAAUCAUCAGUUUAAUUUGGUAAAAUAAAGACAAUUAUCUGAUCAGUUUUAAUCAAGUGGAGGUUUCUCCACAUUGCCCUUUCAUUUUGUUGGAAUUCGAGAGUUGCAUGUGCCCAUAUUUCGGGCCUAAAAGGAGGGGUGUUUCUUAGUUCUUGUUGUAAAUCUAAAAUGGCUUGUGCGACACUAAAACGGACUCUCGACUUUGAUCCACUUCAUAGCCCUGGAACCUCCCCAAAAAGAAGAAGAUGUUCACCCAUAAUUACUCCGUCAACACCAACUUCUAGAAAUAGUCUUCAACAAUCACCAUUUUCUCCAGUAACACCUAGAAUAUCACCAGGCCAGCUUGCAGCUCACAUUAGUCAAGAAUGGCGAAGGAUAAAGCGAAGGAAACGGUUGGAAGAUUCUUACAGCAGCGAGUCACCUGUAUCAUCAGAGAUGAUGGAGCAAGCAUCAAGGUUUGGGUUAACAUCGGGAUGCUUCUCACCACCAUCCACAUCCACCAAUCCUAUGCCCAACUUGCCUUCAGGCUCUUUACAACAAACACAAACCAAAGAUCAACCCAUGUUCACUUUAAAACAGGUUAUCCUAAUAUGUGAACGCAUGUUGAAGGAGCAAGAAUCUAGGAUACGUGAGGAGUAUGAUAAAGCCCUAACGUGCAAGUUAGCUGAGCAAUAUGAUGCAUUCGUAAAGUUCAACCAAGAUCAGAUUCAGCGUCGCUUUACCUCUACAAGCAUGAGCUAUGUCUCAUAAGUCUACCCCAAGUGCAAUGAUGAAAAGUAAAGAUGUCGAUACAGCUCUAUCAAAUCAACCUAUCGUACUCUUAAGGACUCGCAAUGCAUACGCUCAUCAUCACAGCUACUCCAGAAGAUGACCAGCUAUUGCUUUGAACAAAGUUGAUCCAGAGUAAAUGGAAAUCUAACCAAUAAAACCCAACCAAUGGAUCGCUUCAUUCUGGCUGCGCUACCCUUAAUACAUGUGUAGUUCUCCUGUAAUGAUUCAUAUUGAAUACCCUGUUACAUAUUCCCGUACAUGUGACUUCUGCACUCCUGACAUGUUGAAGAUGAGAAUGCUCAAAGCCUACGCCACCAGGAAUAUUGGCCAAGAUAGCUUUUUUCAACUUGUCAACAAGCCUGGCAUUGUCACUGAAUAUUCAGCUUUGCUGAAUUUAAUUGGUAAAGAGAAAGGAAUGGAACAAGCCGGAUAUAUAUUUUAAAGUAAACCCAUGUAUGGCAUUCACCUCUUGUGGUGUAUACCGUAGUCACAUUUUACAUGACUGAUGAAUGAUGCAUUGAGCGAUCGCGAUUCAUAUUAUUUUAGGGUUUGCAUUGUGAGUGUAUUGUAUUUUGAAAUUGAUAACCUAUAUAGAGUGUCCACAAUGAAUGCCACUCAUGGAAGUGUGAGAAACAAAAUGACUUACAUUGGACAAAUUGAAUGAAAGUAUGUACUGCCUUUGUGAUUUAUGAUUGAGGUGUCCUCUGUGACCAGGAAAAAUAUUUCAAGAGUUGACAAACAGAACUAUGCAACUAAAUUUUUGGCCAUUUUGAGUUUUUGUUAUCAAUAUAUCACCAUCAUUGAAAACCAUAAAGCCGUAACCCAAUGUGCUUUGUGGCUAUAUACCAAAAUAACACUUUACCUCGCCAGCACGCUUUGUGUUCCUUGAACUCUUUUGAGUUAUGACAUUCAAUUUGGUUUCACUUUUUUCAAAAUCAUGGAUCUUGAGUUGAGGUGUUCUGUUUGUCACCCCUUGAUUGCUACAAUUCAAAUAUGAACAAAUUUGAUAUUGGUGUUAAUGAAAAGCCUGUGCUUUAAGGCAUGCUCAGACAUGGUGUUCCUGCACUCCCGUAACAAAAGUCUGUGGUACAGGAGAUCGUUUGUUUGCCCUGUACAUGUAUAAUGCUGUUGACAAAAGCCCCUCCCCCAUAAAAAAAAAAUGAAUAAAGAAAUAGAAUAAAGUAAACAAAGAAAAAAUAAAAUUAAAAUGCCAAGAGAAAACUAAUAGAAGGGGGGAAAAAGAAUUGGAUCAGUCGGUCAUAUUUGUUUGUUUGUUUGCUAUGGGGGCAACUCUAUGUACAUGUAUUUAUUACUCUUGUGCAUGCUGAAAGGACUCCACACUUAUCAUUGUGCAAGCAUGAUACAUGUAUAAUGGAGAUGGAAGGGUAUGUCAGACAUGAUUGUCUCCUGCACCAUUUGCCUUUUAAAAUAAGUUUUUUUACAAACAUAAGAAUUUUAGGUCAAUCAUCAUUACACUAAUCCUCCCCAAAAAAGUAUAAAUGAAGUAUAAAGUUGGCCGGUUUUACGAAGGUUAUAGCUUGAUGUUUAUUAUACUCCAUGUCUGAGAAAGCCUUGUCCUUUUUUGUUAUUUUGACAUCCAUAGGCAAUGUGCACUUCAGUUUAAUUAAUGAGUGAAGAAAAAAAAUAUACCCUUCAAGAAUGAAUGGAUUAAACAUCAACAAUUUUGAAUUAUUUUCUUCUGCUUGGUGAUGAAAUCCAGGUGGUGUGUGAUGGAUAACAUUACAUGUAUGAUAACAAAUGAAGUAUCAGUGUUAUAUUGGAAGGACAUGUGCAGCUUUUCUUUGACACCAAUUGAAGACAAUUAUUACAAUUUGAUGAGAGGCGCCAACAUGUAAAGUUGAAUUGGAGUGUUUGAAAUACAUGUAUUCCUGUUUCCUGUCGAGCUUUGAGAGUACAUGCACUGUAUUAGGGCAUUGCUGCGUAGUAUACAGUGUACUUAAACAGGCAAAAGCCUCAAUGUAAACUCCAUAUUGGAUUAUUUGUGUUGAAGCAUUCUGUUACAUAAUAAUAUUUAGAUAUUUUCACACUUUUUUAUGCGUUUUGACUUGUGUGAGAAUGGGACUGUGUAUAAGGAUGGAAAGUAUGAUUGUACUGCAUUAUCCUGUCUCUGUCAUUGUAAAUAUUGAAGCUCUUAUGAUAGGGCCGACUGCAUAGUUAUCAUCUUUCCCCGUUUUGUUUGUUACGGUGCUAUUAAUUUCUGGCCAACAUUCUUGAAACUUUAAAAGAGCAGUCAAGGAAAAAAAUGUUAUUUCAUUAUAUCGUUCUUAUUUAUUCUUCCUUCUUUUGAGUUUAUUGUUUCCUUUGUUCAUAAAUCCUUGGUUAUAUAAACAGUAGAUUUUAGUUACUUGUAAAUAGGUUGAAUUGUUUUAUUUGAAAGAAGAUAACAAACCAAGGAUCAUAAGGAUGAUGAAAGUGUGUGCAUGUUUGAUUUUAUUCCAUAAACCAGUGUUAGAAUUCUUAGUGAAGUUUUUUCUGCUUUCAUUUAUUUUCUUAAGUGUCACUAAGCCAUGACAAAGUAGCCCAUCAAUAUCGAUGUUGAGUGUGAUAUUUUGACAAUUGAUACAAUGUCCUUGUCUGAUAUCGGCUAAAAGUGCGGUCUCCCUUUAAUGUCUCUCUUUAGAUUAAAGACACAUGGAAAAAAUUGUGAGCAUAUACAUGUAAUUUUAAAACUUUACCAGAUAGAAGUCUUCUGCAUGGGUAUUAGUUUAGAUGAGACUUUCAGGUCAUUUUUAAAACUUCAACUUGUACAUGUAUGUUCAUUUGAUUUUCAGGUAAAAGAAUGAGCAAGUCUGGUACUUGAGCGGGCAUGGGGGUUGAAAAUAUAGUUUUGUGCAAUGAGAGCCAGUAUUGAACCAGUGAAGACAGGGCCUAGCCUGCAAUAUAUAAUGGGCUGAGUUCUAUGUAAAAUAUGUGUUAUACAUGUAGCAUGAUCAGCCAGUCUCAUUAGUGUUAUUAAGGCACAGUGAGUACAUGGAUAAAGCGAACCAACAAUAGUUGUUUGAAUAGAUUUUCGUUAAGACUAAAUGCAUUUUGUGUUUUUCUAAUCAGUCAUUUUUUCACCUGAUUGCAUAUUGAGUAGGAAUGCAUCACCCAAUGAGUAUAAUUUUUUUUUUGUGUUCAUUCAAUAAUUUAAUUGUAGCUAAUAUCGAUAGAAUUAUUCCUCAAACUGAGGGGCAUAUAUUUUGUACUUUUUUAAUUAAAAUAAUUUUGUAUAUUAAAUGCAAAGUUUGCCAUUUCCAGGCUUCGAUUAUGGUAACUUUUUUGCUUGACCAGCAUUUUGUGUAUUGAGCCAUACAGACAAAACGGUUUAUGAGGUAGUGUGAUUAUUUAGGUACAGGCAAACAUUCUUUUCGCACUAUCAGUCCCCGUGUGGACAUUGUCAGUCUGGAUGUUCAGUGAAAUUAUGAGUCUGGAAAUGGUUAGUUCUCAUCGAUAACAAGUACAUGUAUAAAUUAUAAUUAAGCAAAGACCUCGUGUAUAAUGAUCUCUGUACAUGCAUAUCAUACAUGUAAAUUUUGUCAUAUAUCUAUAUAUCAUACUUGCACCUCUCAUCUUCAAUACAUUAAUUUGUUUACAAAAAAUGCAUAAUAUGACCAUGAUGUUGCUGUAAAUACGAGAAAUAAAAGGUUUAGAUGUUCUACCGUAGUUAAAGUAGCUAAUAUUGGAGAGUAUAUGGAGAGGUGAUACGUAUGUAUGAUGCAGGGAUACCGAGUUUGUACUUCUUAUUGUAUACAUUCUUGACAAUAUUAUUUUUCAUUGUUUACAAGUUCUCACAUGAAAAUUAUUAGUGUAAAGGACAAAUAAUAAUCGGUUUCUGGUAUUAAAACCAA